AAGGAAACCAUCUGUGUGCGCCAGGACCACGGGCGGCGGGGGCUAAAUGACCGCUGCUCCGGGUGGCCAUGGGCAAGAAGCUGGUGAUGGCCCAGAAGCGGGGAGAGACGCGAGCACUCUGUCUGGGAGUGACCAUGGUGGUGUGUGCGGUCAUCACCUACUACAUCCUGGGUACCACCGUGCUGCCUCUCUACCAGAGAAGUGUGUGGACCCAGGAAUCCACCUGCCACCUGAUUGAGACCAACAUCUGGGACCAGGACGAGCUAGAGGGCAAGAAGGUGCCCCAGUACCCGUGCCUGUGGGUCAACGUGUCUGCCGUGGGUGGCUGGGCCGUGCUGUACCACACGGAGGACACCCGGGACCGGAACCAGCAGUGCUCCUACAUCCCCGGCAGCCUGGACGACUACCAGCUGGCCCGGGCCGACGUGGAGAAGGUGAGGGCCAGAUUCCACCAGCACCACGUCUUCCACUGCUUCUCCACGGCCCGGGGGAACGGGAGCAGCGUGCUCUACCAGCGCCUCCACGGGCCCCAGGCCCUUCUCUUCUCCUUCUUCUGGCCCACCUUCCUGCUGACGGGGGGUCUCCUCAUCAUCGCCAUGGUGAAGCUCAACCGGUCGCUCUCCAUCCUGGCAGCCCAGAAGUGACCAUUAUCCUGCACCACGUCGCCACACACUUGCCAGUCAAAGGGGCUGGGGAGCGGCUCUUCCUGUGUGUGCCCUUGCCUUCCCCCCGCCCUCUUGUCUCCCCUCCACUCUGCCUUGCCUUCUGCUGCACGGUUGGCCUUUGGGAAAUCCCUUCGCUAAGGCAUUUCAGUAAUGUGCAAUGGCCCCCUAGCGCCUCCAGGGGCCCAAGGACGGCCCGUUACCGUCUCUCCUAUCUGUCCUCACUCAGUGGGGUAGUACUUGCUACCUCCUUUGCAACUGCCUAUCCGGUGAAGGACAAGGACUGUCACCUCUGUGCCUGUGUCCCCCCUGCUGGAUCACGGCCAGCCUUUCUCACCCAGGUAGCCAUCCUUGGUAAACCCAGUCCCUUGGUUUAAUUUCGUAAUAAACACAACAGAAGCUCCCAUUUCUAGGGCUCAUUUUGUAUACUGCUUUUCUUCAAAGAUCACUAAAGACUACAUUUUUUUAAUCUCAGCAUGCAAAAGUACUGUUGUCUCUAUAUCUGCAGAGGUUUACUUCCAGGACCCCAACAGAUACCCAAAUCACUCACAUAAAAUGCUGUAUUUCCUUCACAUCCACUCACGUAAAAUGCUGCAUUAUCUGC